AUUAAACACCAACGAAGAAGAAGAAUGCUACAGAUCUGUUGCUAACAGUUUCCGUUGGAACAUUUCUCUCCCUGAAAGCUUCCCAGCUGACAAUAACAACCUUUAUCUCCCCCAAUAACUCACUGACGAGGACUGGGGGAAGAUGAUGAAGCCGACAGGAUGAUCUCAGAGCUCACAGACUCUCUCCUCACAGAGAAGGAUGCUAGUAGCUUCGUUAGCUAGCUCACUGGAAGUAGACGGAGCCGGAGCUCGGCUACUCUUCACUAAAGGAGUUAAAGAAAGAGACAUAAAACUACAUUUAUGAGUUAAAAGAACCAGAGACAUCCUGAGACACCUGGAUGAUUCCACGUGUCUGAGAAUAUUCGAGGUGUGAAGUUUCUACGAGGUUAGCUUGUUAGCUUAGCUCUGCAGCUGCAAUGGACUCACAGCAGAUCUGAUGGUUUGUUUCUGGAGGAAAACUACUUUUUAAAAUGUCUAAAGUCAAAGUGCUGAGAGAGUUAGUGAACCAGAGACUGACUGCAGCUGCUGAGGAGAUCUUUGAGCUGUUUGAAAGAACCAUAGCAGAGUACGAGGACCAACUUAGAGGAACUAAAGAGAAGCAACACAAACUACUGGACUCUGUUUACAACCCGGAAGUCCUCUUACACAGAGCAGAUUCCCGGAAACCCUCGGUGAAAGAAAAGGCGGUUCCCUCUGAGCAGCAGGAGAGGAGCCCCAGUCCAGACCAGGAGGACCCACCAGAACCGCCACACAUCAAAGAGGAACAGGAGGAACUGUGGAGCAGUCAGGAGGGAGAGCAGCUUCAAGGACUGGAGGAGGAGGAGGAGGUAAUCAAGUUCACUUUCUUUCCUGUGAAGAGUGAAGAAGACGAUGAAGGGGAACCUCAGUCCUCAAAGUUUCAUCAAACCCUACCUGAUGAAAUCAGGGAGGAUGAUGGAGAGGACUGUGGAGGAUCAGAACCAGACAUAGACUUUAAUCCAGGGAGUGAUUCACAUCCAGCUACUCACGAGGAGACGUCCCACUCCUCUGAGACGGUGACUGAUGAUAGUUAUUACGACUGGGAGGAGACCACCGAGCCUCAGUCAGAGAACACAAAAGAACCCGUCAGUGAGAAGGACUCUGGAGACGCGUUCAUCAGCUCCUCUGACUGCGCUGCGAGCUGUGACCAAAAGGAACAACUGCAGAAACGCAGAAGAGACAAAAAAGGAGAGAAACCGUUCAGCUGCUCGGUGUGCGGGAACAGGUACCACAUCAAAACCUCUUUAACGACUCACAUGAAGCUCCACUCGGAGGGGAAACGCUUCAGCUGCUCCUUUUGUAAGAAGCUGUUCCUGGCCCGAGCGGAGAUGGUGACGCACAUGAGAGUCCACACGGGGGAGAAACCCUUCGGCUGCUCCGUGUGCGGCAUCCGGUUCGCUCAGAGCUCGAACUUGACCUCGCACUUACGGGUCCACACGGGAGAGAAACCGUUCAGCUGUUCAGUGUGCGAGACGAGCUUCAGCCUCAGGAACAACUUACUGUUACACAUGAGGAUCCACACCGGAGAGAAACCCUUCAGCUGCAACGUGUGCGGGAAAACCUUCGCCCUGCACGGAAACCUGAGGAGACACUUAAACGUCCACACGGGGGAGAAACAGUACAGCUGUUCGGUUUGUGGUCAGAGUUUCACUCAACACGGGACUCUGAAGAGACACAUGACGGUUCACACGGGAGAGAAACCGUUCGGUUGUAAUAACUGUGAUAAGAAGUUCGCUCGGCAGGAGUACGUCAAGAAACACAAGUGUGUGGGCGAGGGCACGGGAAACCCACAACAAGGGUCCGACAUAAUCUGAGCUUCAUCUCACCCAUCGGAGGAGACGCCACAUUUUUAAAGUGUGUUCCCUGUUUGAUCAUUCACCUUAUAUCGUGCCUUUUGUAUCUUAUCUCAGUCCCUCCAGGAAGUUGGGAUUUCACGAUCCCAACUAUCAACGCAAAUUCAACCAAUCAGGCCUCACAAUGUUAUACAAUCACCUUAACCUCAGCCCCUGUAUGUCAUCGGUGACAUCAUCAAUUUCACUUCCUUGGAACAUAAACGUAAGUCCUCACUUGAUCGGCACUUCAAAACACGCACAGAGAACGGGUGAAGAGCGAGGACAGCAGGCAGGACGAGUGACCAUGACAACGCUGUUAUUUAUAGAUACUAGAGUUAUUAUCCGAGGGGCUCAGUGUUAGCUCGGUCUCUACCUGCAGCAGGUGAGCUUUAGGAACCAGGAAGGAAACACAAAGAGAGAGAGAAA